AUGGCUGGGGAAAUAGCCAAGCUCUACGACUCCACCAAGGCUGAACUAAUGGAGAUACUGCAUGGCCAGAAGAUCGCCCUGACAACGGACGGCUGGAGUUCGUUGGCCACGGAGGCCUAUGUGACCGUCACGGCACAUUUCAUCACCACUGACUGGGAACUUCGGAGUGUUGUGCUCGACACUGCCGAGCUGCAAGCAUCUCACACAGCAGCAAACGUAGCGGCCUGUAUUGGAACCAUCAUACAGAACUUCGAUAUAAGAGAUACGUAUGAUAUGAUCUGCCGAGCUGCUGACCAGCAAGCUGCGGUGGCAGCCGUCAUCAUCGAAAGAAAGCUCAGCAAGCUGGAACUCAGCAGCGUUGAGUGGACCUUAAUGGAGAAGGUGAAAGACGUGCUGCGGCCAUUUAAAGUGGCUACCGAGGCAUUGUCUACGGACAACUUCCCCACAGCAUCCGCCGUCCUCCCUCUCCAAUAUAUACUCCUGACGCAGCUGCAGCCCUCCGCCGAUGACCCGGCAGCUGUGAGAGACAUGAAAACCCUGAUGUCUAGCGACUUGCAGCAGCGGUACGACACGGAUGAAGACGCGUUCCUAAUCCUCAACACAGCCAGCUUCCUCGACCCCCGGUUCCACCGGCUAGUACACCUCGAUCCGGAGUCGCGAGAUGCAGUGCACCAAAAGGUCCGGAGGGAGCUGUCCGAGGUAGAGGAGGACACAGAGGGGGAGCGAGAGGAGCGAGAACAGCCACAACAGCGCCAGGCAAAUGCGCUCAGCGCGAUGGGGGACCUCUUUGGCGAUGUCUUCCGUCAACAGUCGGCUGGAGUAAGACUAAACGAAGACUUGGUCGAAGCGGAGAUGGUGGCCUACAGAAGUGAGCCUCCACCCCCGUCUGACAGCAACCCGCUGUCUUGGUGGAAAGACAGGGGCCAGAAAUACCCAAAGCUUGGGCUUUUGGCGCGUGGCUACCUGGCAAUAUGCGGGACAUCCGUGAGGGCUGAACGCGUGUUUUCCACCGCAGGGAAUAUUGUCUCCAAGAAAAGGUCUUCCUUAGAGCCCGAACAUGUGAACCAGCUCGUCUUCUUGGCCAACAAUCUACGAUAGACCACCAACGG